AUGUCUCAAAGCCAGGACUUGCAAUCUGGCGACAGCGAGGACGCGGUCCUCGAAACCCCGAAGAAGAAGAUUCGUCUUCUGGACAGGGCCACGCCGGCCACAGGCAAGGCUGAGCUCAUAGAGCCCGAGCUGCUCCGCGCACAGCAGGAAGUGCCCACCUUGGGUGGCCUCUUGGCGGAGCUACUGUGGCGAGAAGGGGAGAAGGAUGGAAUGCGAGAUCUUCACUGCUUGCUGUGCACCGGCAGGACUGCUGAGCUGAAGCUUCUGGUUGGAAUCAAAGAGCUCCGCAUGCAACCAAAUCGCGACGCAAGUCAAGUUCGAAGCUAUGCAAUGAUGUGCGACGAUGUGCAGGUCUCGCACCAUAGUGGCUGGGGCUUCAGCCGCACAUUGCGCCUGUGCACCACUGAAGCUGCGGACCGCCACGCGGCCGAGACCAUUUUGAGUCUGCACAGUUUCUGA